ACGUUGCGAUCAUGUGAUCUCUGCUGGAACCAAGGAGAAGGAAAGAUGUCGCCGACUGGCUGGCCUAGGAUGGAGGCUUUAUCCUUUACCUUGUGGGUUAUCCUUUUCCUCUGCACGACUGAUGUCCGUGGGGACAGUUUGACGGUUCUGCAGGCUCCUGAGUUUGUGUCGUUCCAGAAAGGAGAGUGGCCCGUCUCUGGCGAGAAGAUUCCUGACCUAGUGGCCCUAACAAUGGGCUUCUCUGUUCAAGAGGAUCUGUCUUGGCCGGGCCUGCAGGCUGGUCUCCUGUUCCAGCGUCCUCGCGCUAAUGUUCUGGUGGUGGUCCAAGGAGCUGAUGGCCUCACCUUUCCUCAGUGUGUGGCCUCCUAUCCCUUGGAGAAUCCGGUGCCCUUCACCCUGGAUAGUGUCGCAGAGACGGUGCACUCCCUGUUCGCUGAGGACACGCCUGUUGUGCUGCAGCUCGCACCGAGUGAAGAGAGGCUGUACAUGCUGGGCAAAGCUAACGCCGUGUUCGAGGAUCUGCCAGUUACCUUGCAGCAGAUUCGAGGUCGUCUGUCCCAAGACGGCUCCGUGCUGGCCACCCUGCCCCUCAACUCACUCAGCAGGAACGCAGAGGCUGAUUUGCUGUUCCUCUCUGAGAUCCAAGUCCUGCAUGACAUCACAGCUCUGCUGCAGAGGCACAGGCAUCUGGCCAAGGACCACUCUCCAGACCUUUACUCCCUGGAGCUGUCGGGCCUUGAAGAACUGAGCCGUGUCUAUGGACAAGACUCUCCUCAGUACCACGAUGCCAUCGCCAUUCUCUCCUCUGUCCUGCAGAAGUUUGCAGAGGACAUGUACGGCCUUUAUGGCAACAGUGCCGUGGUGGAGGUCGUGACCGUGAAGAACUUUGAGGCUCCUCUCACUAGGAAAUCCCGCUCAAUUUUGGAAUCCAAACAGAUCAGCAAUCCAGGCAGCCCUUACAAUUUAGCCUACAAGUACAACUUCAACUACGCCGUGAUCUUCAACAUCAUACUGUGGCUGAUGAUUGUGCUGGUGCUGGCGGUGAUUGCCGUGGGUUACAACCUGUGGAACAUGGACCCGGGAUACGACAGCAUCAUCUACAGGAUGACCAACCAGAAGAUCAGGAUGGAUUAAAAACCACGUCCCUCAAGGACUCACUCACUCAAUCCAUCCAUCCCCUUGUAUUUCGUGAGUGAUCGUUUUUGUGCUUUGUGUUUGUGACUUGAAGUAAACGAUGAGUGAGCAAUUGGUUUACGAUGCUGCUGUGGUAGUUGAAAAUGGAUAUCAACAUUAUAACACAUCAUUCCUUAAGGUGUCUGUUUUUGUAAUGUAUGGUCAUGUUCUGAAAGAGCGUGAAUUUGUUGUAAAAAUGUUUUAAGUUAAAUAUAUGUGUAUAUAUUGAAAAUGCAACUAUAUGACAGUCUGCUGUACUCAAUGUGAAAAGAUUAUUCUGUAGAGGUGUAUUUUGCUUGAAAUAAUUUCACCUUUAGUUGAAAGCAUCGAUUAAAAAUAGGCAAGUGAAUUUUAAAAUUGCAAAGAUGAUGAAUAAAUUAUGGCUCACAA